CAUUGCAAAAUCAGCCCCAGGAAACUGAAUGGGACGACCCAGAUGAGCCGCCUGAUCGGAAUAUGUGGAUGAAAACGGCAAAUGAUGCCCCAAGUUCCCUAAAUUCUAGACAAAUAAUUACGCCUUUGAAAUUUGAGAUGGGCAUGAAAGAUGCGGAUUAUUCUAGUCGAACCAUUAUCAAAUUGGAGGGCGAGAAUGAACCUCUCGAUCUGUAUGACAUCCUUGAAAGUGGGUCUGAUCUCAAUGAAAACAUUGUGAUGGAAGAAAACCCACUGGGGCCAAAAUGUUCCAGAACUCAAGAACAAGAGCUCAACGGAGAUUCAAUGACGGGAAGAAAAUCUUAUUAUGAAUGCUCCAGUUGUCAUCAAACUUUUAUUGACUUUGAAAGUAUUAGGGUUCACAAAGCCGUUUAUCACCAGGAUGGGUUUGCCUUUGGAAGUGGUGAUCCCAUGAGCUUCCAAGAGCUUCAGAAUCAAGAAAAAACAUUAUCCUCUAUAGUCCAGACUACUGUACACUCUCACAAUGUCAGUCAAGCAAAUAUAGAGUCUGUUGAUGUGAAACGUCAUACUAAUCGGAAUCAAGCCACGUCUGAUCAGUUGUCAUGUCCCAUUUGCGCUUUGACCUGUGCCACUAUGUCUACACUCAAAGUUCACUUAUUACUUCAUGAGGUGCCCCACAUCGUUUGUCGUACUUGUGGGCAAAAGUUUCAGACCCAGUCCAAGUUAAUAAAUCACAAACGGACUCACACGCGAGAAAAACGCUUUGCAUGCGAUUUGUGCGAUUAUCGGACUGGACGUGGCGAUACUCUGACCUGUCACAAGAAGUAUGUUCAUCUUGGCAUUCCGCGACCAAAAAAGCGACCGAGGAAAUGAAUCUCGCUUAUCGGAACGGAGAAUAACAAAACCGAAAAUCAACUAUGAAAAAGAUCUCUAUAUAUAUAAGAAGUAUACCUUUUUGAGUUAAUGGUGUCAUUAAGUAUAAAAUUGGUAUGUUAAAUCUAAAAGAAGUUUCACUUUUUUUUUGUUUGAGGCUUUAUUGAUGCAUAUGAUUUAUAAGUUUAUUUCACAAACUUUUCAAAUUCUAUCAGUCAUGUUUCCAACACCUAAAGUGCAGAAACCUAGGUGUGUGGGUCCUCAUUCUCAAUUGUAAUCGUAGAACCCCGAGUGAAUGUUCAUUUUAGGGAUCACUUAAGCUACCAGGCAAUCCUUGCAGGCCAUCUUGAUGCUUAAAAUUUCAAGGCCCUCAAGGCAGUAAGAUCAUCUUCAAAAAAGCGUUUGCUUGCUGCAAUCUCGUUUGUUCACAUUGCGUUUAUUUAUUUGGUUGGAAUUUUCACACAUUGAGCAUUUAUGUCAAUUCUAGAUCAGUUUCGUAUUCCAAGGCAAGUCUGAUUCACCAAUUUCAUUUCGUCUGUAAUAUCAUCAUUGAUACUAAAUAUAACAUUUCUCUUGAAACAAAUCUCAUA